ACAAAACCGUACACUCAUAAAAAAAAUCCCAGUCGAAGCCAUUAAAUAAUCCAAAAUACAUUCAGAUUACACAUAUUCUCAAUUCGGCACAAAAUCGGAUUUAUGUGUGCACAAAUGAGGACGAAUCGUCCGAUUAUAUGUUUCUGCUUGGCGCUGAAGCGGUUAACUCCAUACCCGGAAAGGGCGAAGUCUGCACAGCAACAAGCGCCAUGAUUGCGUUGCAAAGAGCGCCUCAGCAGCUGGGCAUGAUGGAGCAGCUGGAAGAGGAGCUUACGUGCCCAGUCUGCUGCGGUCUCUUCGAGGACCCGCGGGUGCUGCUGUGCUCGCACAGCUUUUGCAAGAAGUGCUUGGAGGGGCUGCUGGAGGGCAACCGGGGUCCGGCUUUCAGGGCGCCUUUGAAAUGUCCCACGUGCCGAAAAGAGACCCCCCAUAACGGCGCGAGCAGCCUGCAGAUCAACUACUCUUUGCGCGGCAUCGUCGACAAGUUCAGCAAAAUUAAAGGGAUGCCCAAAAUGUCCGCUUGCAAGAAACACUGCGGGCAGCCGCUCAACAUAUUCUGCGCCACCGACCUGAGGCUCAUUUGCGGAAUCUGCGCGACGACCGACGAGCACAGAGGCCACGGCUUCAGCUCCCUGGAGGACGCGUAUGAGCGAGAGAAGGGGGCGUUCGGAGACCUGCUCCAGGAGGCGGAGAGCUGGCCGAGCGCGGACACCCUGUCCUGCCUGGAGACGCUGCAAGGCAGCAAGAAAAAGGCGCUCCAGUCGGUGGGCAGGGACGCGGAGAAGGUGGCCGACUACUUCGACAAGCUCAUCGUAUCCCUCGAGUGCAAAAAGAGCGAGAUCCUCUCCGACUUCGAGACGCUAAAGCUGGUGGUGAUGCAGGCGUACGACCCGGAGAUCUCCAAGCUGAGCGCCGCGCUGGAGGAGCAGAGUCGCGCGCUCCGCCUGGCGGAGUCCGUCAGAGGCGUCUCCGACCCGCUGUGCUUCCUGCAACACAUGCAGGAGUUCCGUGAGAAGAUCAAAGUCCUGAAGGAGACCGCCCUGCCCUCUCCGAAAGACAUGGAUGUGGGGCCCCUUGUGCGUAAUUUCGAUGUGAAAAAGUGGGAUUCCCUCCGGCUCCGAGAAAUAGACAAGAUCUCGGUCCCGCACGAAAGUGGCGCCUACCAAACAGGUGGCUCUCGGAUGUCAUCAUGGUCCAAAUGGAUCGUUUGGUGCCUGGUCUUCCUGUCAACACUACCUGUCUUUUUCCUGUCACCGCCGUACACUGCAAUCGAUGAGACCUCAGGAAUCCAAGCGCUGAUCACUGAAUGUGUCCCUUCCGCUUCUCCGUACCUGCAGGAAAUCAAAGACAUGUGCGCAGGUCUGAUCGAAGCAGGUCAGGAACAUGUGAUGAGGUUCAUUUCCACUAUUUUCACUCGUAACUCAUCCUAAUUCGUGCAGAAGAGCAGCGAAUGAAUGGAAACACCGAUACUUGUUUACAUUAUGUUGUGCUAUUUUAUUAUUAUUAUUAUUAUUUUUUUUACCUUUGGUCCUUAAUGAAGCCUGGAAAUCCAACAAUCCUCUUCUAAAUCCUCAGAGGUUGCAGUCUAAACCUAAUUAUGUUUUUGGUUUUUUAUUUUAUUUAAUUUUGUACAUUAAUAAUAUAUUUUUUUAAAACUUGAAUUUUGGAAAAAUAAAUUUGGAGAAUCCCGAGUCACUGCUAUGGUUGUUUUCCUUCAGAGCGACAGGGUGAGAUCAGGCUGCCGCUGUAGAAACUCAGCGCUCCGCGCAUCACCGUGAUGCUGCAACCUCUUCAAGGUUACAAACGUUACGUAACAGGGCCCGUGAGAAGCGGGCUGCAGAGGAAGGUACGAAGACACUGCUCGGUCAUGUUUUCAGUGAAACAGAAAAAUUGCUCAACGUGUAGCAGCAGUCAGAUGCUCAACUUCAGCACUUAAUAAAUGCUGAUUCGCCACAUUUUAUUUUUUAUUUUUCUCUUUAAGAAAAUCAGAUCUGAGCCUCUGCGGCUCUUUCGUUUCACGGCUGGCAGUGCGAAAUCCAGAAGGUGCGCCCUUGUUAAAAUAAAUGGCGCAGAGCAUAAUUUACUCCCUAAAAAUCUGAUUUCUUUCUUUCUUUCUUUCUUUUUUGCGAGCAGUGACAGCGCAGGGAAAAUUCUUCAGAUUUCGGAUUGGAGAUCGUUUCCCCACCAGCAGUGUUUAUUGAAAAGAGGUCAGCUCACACAAUUAAGGCGGGAAUUAUUAAAAUCACUUAAAUGUAUUUAUUUUUUACUCUGGUACAUGCGGGGAUCUCUUGUGUGGAGUGGGAGGAGGGGUGAACAGACCAUGAAGUGAAGCAGUGAUGUCAGCAAAGACAUUAAUUCAGCAUAUACGUCACCCAGGUCUGUACAUAAGCCCAUAACAUAUAUAGCUUACUGUUGCCAGGCAAAUAUAGGAUGAGGCAUUAAUAUUUUAAAUCCUGUGCCACAUUUUUAUAUAAUUCAUGUUGUUUUUCUAUAUAAAGACUAAAAGGUGAAGCUAUAGUCAUGGCAUAACAAAACGCAAAAGCGCGAAGUCCUCCAGUUAAUAUGCACAUAGAUGUUAGGAAUAAGCCUCUUACCCAGUUAUGAAACUUGAGUACCAAGGUCUGUUUUUUUUUUUAAAAUACAUAUAUAUGUUGUCAGGAUGAAUCGUAGAUUUUUUGCGUGCAGAUUACAUACCAGAAAAGUAAAAAAAAAAAAAAGAACGAGAGAAAAAUAUUGCCAUAUUUAGGCUAUAACUAAAUGGCGCAAGGUAUUUAUUCACGCGAAGGUAAAAAGGAAUUGUAUUGACGGGAAAAUGCUAUUUUAAUCACACUGAAGCAUAUUUUUAAAAGGUUUCACAAACUAUGAAAACAGGCCAUUUUUAAUAAAAUCAGUGUAAAGGAAAAUUGCUACAUGACAGCUUCCAAAUUAAGAAUUUGUAUAUUUUUAUGUGGACAGAUUUAGUUUCGUCAGUCGGUAUUAAAGAGUGUCAGGAGAAAUUUAAAGGGAGCUAAAAUACAGGCAAUUCACUUCAAAGUAAAACAUUAAAAUAUGUAGGCCAUAUUUUCAGCAUGGUGACUUCAAGGAGAAACCGGCUUUUUACAUAAAACCGCAACUAUUGCAGCAUUAAAAUGAAUCUCGGAUUUUUUUUCUUUUUUUUUAAAAAAAGGUAACAUUUACUUAAAUGAUCAUAAAGUUUAAUAGGCUAUUCUUUUAUUUUUAAUAGAAAUAUAUAUAUAUAUGAAGAGGCCCGAAAAGGCCGGAGUAAAUAUAAACGCUAUAAAGCGGACAAAAUAUCGGGCCCGUACGCCAGACUACGUUACGAAAACCCUGUUUGUUAAUGGAAAUGUAAUGAUUUAAUAAACGAAUAGAAAACGUUCACUUUUUAAUUUAGAAUAUCAAAGAGAAGUUUAAUAUUUGGGAAGCAGGUGUUAGACUAGCUUUGAAUAUCUACCAUUUCACAUAAGUGUAUAUAUUUUAGAGGGGAAAAAAGAAAUGGGAAAGGGCGUUAUUUUCACGACCCACAAGGCAAAAAAAAAAAAAAAAAGAAGAAAAUAAAAGAGUAUUGGUUUAUCAAAUUUGAGAUUAUCGCCAGUAAUAUUCUGUGCGCAUAGCAAAUACUUGAAACGCUUUCGCGUCCAACUGCGCCUAAAAUGGAGUCUGGUAGCGGGGCAGGGGGGACGACGAGUUACGAAACCGCAGGACUUCACGUAACCGCAAACUGUCCUCAACAUUAGGGGAUUUACAGCGUCCACAAAUACCUGAAAGCAAAGAUCAUUUAAAAAUACAGAAGAGUCACGAUAAAAAUCACGUUUUUAUUCUUAAAAAUUAGGGAAGAAAGCCCUAACGAAUUCAAUGUUUAAACCAGAUACUUCUGUUUGUAUAAACUGAUCAGACGACCAUCUGAGCAGCGCAGCAGAGGCCAUGCAGGCCCCGGUGAGCGCUUCUGUUUAGCGGCUAUAAUUCUGAGACAACUGUGGAAAAAUAUUAAGUCAGCAUUUGUAACGUGUUUAGUGUUACUCUGACAAACAAAAAAAAGGUUGAUGUACAAUUAAAUCAUGUCGUUAUUAGGAAAAAAAAACCCCACAAACCAGGUCAGUUAAUGUUUUUAUUUCUCAAAAAUAUUCACAUAACAAAAUAGGCUUAAAAUCUUCAAACAAAAUAGUUCAUUGAAAAAAAAUAAAUAAAUAAAAUAAAUUCAAUUCCAUGUAAUGAAACCUAUCAUUACCUGCAGAGGGUCUGAGAGCAUUCAGAGUGUGUGAGUGGUCAACUUUGCUUCAGCAGCACGAUCAAUACUGGAGACUUCAGCUAGUCUUAACUCCAAUAUUUACGUGCUGCUACAGUAAAGCGACCAGCCGGUCAGAAUGAUAAAUGCCCUGGAACCGUUUCAUCAUCGUCAUUAGCAGCACAAUUAUCUGAAUAACAUGAGCUCAGGCAGCCAGUGGUCAUCAAAGACAUCUGGAGGGGCUUAAAGCUGAUCGCUUGCAUGUUGUGUUAUUCAGGCUUUAUUGCGGCAGCACGGCAUGGCCUGCAUCUCAGAGUAACCCACAAACCAUUCUGUGCUGCUACAGCAUCACCAGAAACAUCUGCUCCUCCUCUUCGGCACUCUGCACUUGCCUUGUUGCCCGCGCUUCAAAUGGAUUCAUCUAAGUAAGAGGGCGGAGACGAUCAGCAUCCACGUCUUCCAUCUCCAUCUGAAACAGAGGAAAGGACAAUUCAGGCUGUGACUUCUGCAAAAGAGAUGUCUUCUAGUCUGGAAAAAACAAAACAAAACAACUUUCACAACAUUUCAGAGACUGGCUACAGCAGUUUGGGCACAAGGAGACGGCUUUGAUGUCGGAUGACAAAGUUCUUGGCUCGGCGUCUCUGAGCUGCUGGAUGAGGACGAGGUCCAGCCUCUCCACGGAACGGCACCGUUCGGUCUUUCUACAUUCAAAAACUAUUUCUCCACGCACGUGGCUUAAUGCACAAAGGCGUCGUCAUGUUGAAAUGUUGAGAGAAGGGGGCCUGUCCCAGACUGUUGCCACAGCACUGGCAGUAGUGUUGACAAAGAUCAGCUUUAUGCCAUGUAGUACAAGGAUUCCCAAAACACUUGGAGACGUUUCCACUGGCCACAUGGCGCAACAGAGGCGUUUUAUAUUGUGAGGUCAAGUAUUUAAGUAAACUGAGUGGUUUCAUUAGAAAUGUACUGAUCAGUUUUCCUGACCAAUGCCGAUUUCCGAUCUGUCAUUCUGAUUAAUGAAAAAUUGUAAUGUAACAUGCAGAGGAAAACAUGUAUAGCUCAAAAGGUUAUUUGAUAGAGGUAGUAGUUUUGAACUAACAGGAAUAUUUAUUUACUUAUAACAGGCAAAAAAGAGUAAAAACUGAAAAAAAGAAACAACCAUGCUAACUGACAUGUAAUUUCACAUAAUUUGUUCAAAAAGGAGCAGGUAGAAGAUAAUUAAGGAAUUAUAUGUUCUCCAUUUCAUCCCAAAUUUCUUUUGGUGUGUUUAAAGAUUGGAAAUGCUGAGAGCUCAUGCUUUAAUGAAUAGAAAGAAUCCUAUCAGUGGAAAAUAGGCCCUGUUCUAAUCUCUUGGGAUUAUUGAUUGGUGCACCUCUAGAUUAAUUAAAAUAAUAAAAAAAAAAACAGCAGCAAAACUGCAUUAAAAGCUCUGUAAAACCCAGGCAGCGACAAAAAAAAAAUCUGAACAUAAUCAGUUACUAAUCUUACAAACAGGAGAGACACGCUGCUUUGUGUCAAGUUGACUGUAUUAACUAUUUCAAACGCAGCAGCAAAUUUAUUUCCAAACACUAAAAAAAGCACCGUAAGCAAAAUAAUCACAACACACUUGUAAGAUAUGUGUGGUGUGGCUUCAGUUUGAUAGUAAGAGUAAUAACUCUUACAAACGCUCAUAUUUAACUUUUAUGAGAAGGGUGAAGGUUGUAUUUCUAUAUUUUAUAAAAAGUAAUAAACUAACCAGCAACCAAAGAAAAACACAUAAUUUCUAUAUUCAAAGCAAGAAAGAACUAUCAUAUAUUUUAUUUAUACAUAAAGAAAACACAUGUCAAACUUUCUUGAGAAUUAUGACAUUCAAGGUAGCAAUUAUAAUCUAUUUGAAGCUUAAAGUUAUUUGAUCUUGAUAGAAAUCCCAGUGGAGUUGGGAUGUGGUGUUGCCACUAGAGGUCUCAAUGGACCCGUGAUUAUAACUUUACUCUGAAAUGGACUCAAUAGCCAGAAUCUAAUAAGAUCACAUUCAACUUCUCUUUAUAAUGUCACAGGGAACUAAUGCAGGUCAGUCUGUCGACACAAACGCCACAGCGCAUUAGAUGGUGGAUUAAUUGGAGUAAAGCAAAUUUUAAAGCAGUUAAGAACUCGGGUUUAGCUUUCAUUUACCUCCUAUGCUGUCUGAUAAACAAAGGUUCUAAAAUAAAUGUUAUUGUGUAAAGACAGAACACAUUCUGUUAUGAAAACUAGACUUUUAUGUGGUGCAUGUUGCUGAUACUAAAAUUCAAAGAGGCUAUAUGCAUAAUUUAAUUUACAAGUCAACACAGGAUGGCUAUUAAUAGCUUAACGUGGACUUAAUAUUUGGUGGUAAAGAAGAGAAAAACAGAAAGACGUAAGUGAACUUCUGACAUGAAAGCGAAAUUUGAAAAUGCUUUGAUUAAUGUCUUCACCUGACUACUGUAAGAAGUUAACAAACAGUCUAUGUUAAUCAUUUUUAGAUUAAUAACACUUUAAUAAGAGCAUUUUUAAAACUCAGAUGAAAAGUGUGUUGAAAGCUUCUUUUGCAUGACUAACUUUAGUCAUAGUUAAAGAUAUGGGACUUGUGACUCUCUUCCUACCUUAAGGCAUAAAUGCUUUCUCAAACAAUGACACGCACCAGAAAUUUAUUAGGUGACAGAAUGUCAGACCAGACUGGUUCAGCAGCUGUAUUAACACCCUGGCACUACAGACAGUAGCACAGUGUGUGGAAGACACUGAGGGCCAAUGAGUUCAGCAUGUUACCCCCCAAGGGUUUUAAUGCGGAUAACUAAAGCAGCACAUUUAAAAGGAAAUUUUAGUCACUCACUGGCAAUACCAUAAUUUAAAAACUACAUCUCUCACUACCUACAAGGCAAUCUUUUGGAAGGCAAUUUUAAAGGCAGCAAAAAGUGGUAUUUGUGAGUCUUGUAUAUGUACGAAGUAAAGAAGAAAAAACGAUUUUGAGAUUAUAUCAUAAGUAUGCUGAUAAGCAUCAUGGUACUAUCCUAAAAGAGUAGAAAACUUAAGCACAUAAGAUAUCUGACUUUUGGUAUAGUGUAGAGCCAUUAAAACGUUACGUCCAGGAAUUAGAAAAUUGUUUAUGAAAAUGGGACAUACGGUGUAAUUCAAAGCUCAAAACAACUACACCUCCUCUCAAAACAUGCAAUAGCUGCCAAGUCAAACAAUCUCAGAUUCCAAAAUAAUAAUAAUAAUAAAAAAAAAAAUUAAAACAAGGUACAACCUUGAAACUGAAGAAAACACACUCGGGAGAAAAUGCUUUCCCUUAAAAGAGUGUUAUCCACUUAUUAUAAAAAUAAAUAAAUCAAAAAAUGUAGAAGUUGUUUUAAGAUAUUCAGAAUCACCAGUAUACACAGAUGUAGAUAGUUUAAUACCAGGAUAAAAGACACCACAUCUCAAAAAGCACAUCGACACUUAAGUCACAGUAGAAAGAAAUAUUUAAAUACAAGCAUCUGUAACACUGCAUGGAUAAAAUAUGUGCAUCCAAGCACAAUUGAUGCAAGAUUCGUUUACUGUACUCUGGAUUGGGGAAAAAAAUAAAUAAAUCUAAGCAAUUCCUUUCAAAAAUAGAAAAAUAAAAUAAAAAAUCUUCUUGA